AUGUGUGACAUAUCUAUCAUACACACUGUUGUCCAUGCAGGAAUUGGAAUUUUAGCCAAUGAGAAAGAGUUAAAGCAAAUUCAUGUAUCUUCCAUGUUUGAGAAACGAGCUGGUCUGGUUCACAACUGUGUAGAACAGAACCUGGAGGCCAGCAGUAAGCAAGACAUUUAUUUCAGUUGUCAAAAUACUUGUUACAAAUCCAAAGGUCAGAAAAGUCCCACACGUUAUGAAGACAAAAGUUUCUCUCCCUUUUUUUUUUUAAGAGGAAAGUUUCUCAAUCUUCACUUCAGAAAAUGUUUACAGAUGGGUGUUCCUAUUAUUUCAGUCAUCCACUGA